AUGGUGACCAAGCAAAGAAACCCGCCUAUCCUACACCACAAUCCCAAAAUAGAACAACCCUCACUCCCAAGGAUCCUGUUCACCCAUGUACCUCUCCACCGCCUCGACACAACAUCCUGCGGCAAGGCCCGAGAGACUGAACAAUUGAUUAUAGACAGAGGAGGCGAACAGUACCAGAACAUGGUCGACAGCUCCCUCUCACGCGAAAUCCUCGAGUCUGUCCAACCAGACAUGGUCUUCAGUGGCGACGAUCACGACUGGUGCGAGAUUGCGCACCCAGCCGUCGGAAGCAACAUGACCCCCGAGGUGACACUGCGGUCGUUCAGUUUUGCACAGGGGAUCCAACGACCUUCCUUUGGGAUGAUGACCCUCUUCAACCCGGACCUCAAACCCAAGAAUGUUUUCCCCGUGGUGCCACUCGAUGCAGGAUUGCCAGUCUCGAACGAGUUCGCGACUGGAAGUGUGGAGAGGCCUUCGGGAGAUUCCACGUUUGUGUAUGAUGAGUGUAUGCUCCCCUGGCAGAUGAUGAUCUAUAUGCUGUAUGGGGCUCUGUUUGGGGUCUCGUUGAGCUGGAUCAUUAUCCGGCAAGUCAGGUGGAUGGUUAUGUCGAGACAGCGGGUCAAGUCCUUGUCGAUCCUGGGACGCUGGCGCAACGCCGGCAGGAACGACACUGAAAAUACUCUCGACAUCAACAUUAACCUCGAAGACGACAACAUUGGAAGCAGUAGCAGUCGAGCAGACCAACAACUAGACGGCACCACUCUCACGGACGACCCGCACUACCAGCAGGAUGAAGAACAGGAGCUGUACUAUGACGAUGAGCCGCUUGUUGGACUCCUCUCACUCGCAACUUCAAGCAGUGCCACCAAGGAGAAGAGGACGAUGCGACGGUGGCCAUUGUGCGCCGGUUUGUUCUGCAAGCAGGUUGUCCGGGACCUUUGGGAUGUUGUCAAAUAUGUCGUCCCCUUCUAUGCUUUUCUCUUUAUUUGCAGCAUCAUCUAA